GAAGGAGACCAGAGCAUCUCAGUCAGCUUUAAACUCUCUGAAACAUGAUUCAAGAUGUAAGAAAACAUUCAGCUGCUCUGAGUGUGGGAAAAUAUAUGGCUUCAAGUCAGAUCUUAAGAGACACAUGAUAACUCAUACAGGAGAAAAGCCUUUUAGCUGCUCUGAGUGUGGUAAAGCUUUCUCUGAUAGUGGAAACCUGAAGAAACACAUGAUAAUCCACACAGGAGAAAAGCCUUUCAGCUGCAGUGUUUGUAGUAAAUAUUUUACAUAUAGCGGAAAUUUACAGAAACACAUGAGAAUCCACACAGGAGAAAAACUAGUCAGCUGCUCAGUCUGUGAGAAAUCUUUUACACAUAGUGAAAAUUUACGGUCACACAUGAGAACUCACACAGGAGAUAAGCCUUUUAGCUGCUCUGAGUGUGGUAGAGUUUUCACUGAACGUGGAACCCUGAAGAAACACAUGAUGACUCAUUCUGGAGAAAAACCUUUCAGCUGCUCAGUCUGUAAGAAAUGUUUUACACAGAGUGGACAUUUACAAAAACACAUAAGAAUCCACACAGGAGAGAAGCCUUUUAGCUGCUCAGUUUGUAAUAAAUCUUUUACACUGAGUGAAAAUUUACGGUCACACAUGGUAGUCCACACAGGAGAAAAAUCUUUCAGCUGCUCAGUUUGUAAGAUAUCUUUUACACGGAGAGACAGUUUACGGUCACACAUGGCAGUCCACACUGGAGAGAAAAGAUUCAGCUGCAGUGUUUGUAACAAAAGAUUUGCCUGGCGUUCUCAUGUCAAAAGACAUAAAUGUGUUGGUCCGAUGGAAACAGAAGCUGAUGGAGAGGACUGUGGAGGACCAGAACCAGCCAGGAACUCGCAUCCACAUCCCCUUUUACAACCAGAGACUGAAGACCAGACUGGAGACUCUUCUGAUCAUGAGACUGUGAGGGUAACACAUGGGAGCCGGAAGACAACCUGGACUGCCCCGACCUUAUUGCCGAGUACAUGCAGAAACACAAGGAGAAGGAGGAGAAAAAGGAGGGCAAGAGGAAAGUUGUCAGUGAGGCCUUAGGAGACUCAGAGGAGCGAGGGAGCAAGAGGAAGAAGGAGGUGAGCGAAGGAAAGAAGGUACUCCAGACUGAAGAGUCCCAGAAAUACAAUCUCAGUAUUAAUGAAUGCACACAGAGAGUUUCACAAAUGUCGUUUAGGAUUUAUAUAUAAAUGACUCGACAUUGCAAUAUGCACAUGCGUAUACAUACAUGCAAAAUAGUAGGGGUACAAUGGAUCACCAAACUCAUGGUUCGGUUUGGAUCAUGGUUUUGAGUCACAGAUCGGAUAAAUCUUUCGGAUCAGCACAAA